AUGUCAGUCGAUAAGAUCCGAGUGUCAGGCGACGCGCGCAUUGAGUACAAAUCCGUGACACUUAAUGGGCAUAAAUACGGUUAUCUUCUCAGUCAACCACAAUCGGGCAAAUGCCGAGCUACCAUCUUCCUGAUCCAUGGCUUCCCAGAUAUAUCCAUGGGAUGGCGCUACCAAAUCCCCAUGCUGGUAGACAUGGGGCUCAAGGUCGUCGCUCCCGAUUGCCUGGGAUACGGCCGCACUGAUGCACCCGAUGAUUACGCGCCAUACUCUCACAAACGAUGUGCUGAUGAUAUCAAAGCCCUCGCCUCUCAGCUUGGCGAAACAAAAAUCAUCUUAGGCGGGCACGACUGGGGUGCUGCCUUUGCCUACCGUAUCGCCCUCUGGUAUCCGGAACUAAUCAGCCAUCUGUUCACGGUCUGCGUCCCCUAUGCACGGCCACAAGCACAGUUUCUUUCUAUCGAGGAGCUUGUGCGUACCGCGGCCCCACAUUUCACAUACCAACUGCAGUUUGCAAGUGGGGACCUGGAGAAGGUCAUACGCUCCAAGGGCGAGAUCAAACAAUUUUUGAGCUCGUUGUAUGGUGGGCGUACGGCGAAGGGCGAGUUCGGCUUCGAUGCUGAAAAGGGUGUUCUAUUGGAUAGGCUGUCUGACUUGAAGCCGUCACGGUUGCUGAGUGAAGAGGAGCUCGAGUAUUACUCGACUGAAUUUGCUAGGAAUGGGAUCCAUGGUCCAUUGAAUUGGUACCGGACCCGCAAGGUUAAUCACGAUGAAGAGCUGGAGAUUCUUGAUCGCACAAUCACCAUCCCCGUGCUUUUUAUCCAGGCAUUGAGGGAUCAGUCUCUCCCACCCCACCUGGGUAAAUCGAUGGCCAAGCACAUUUCGAACUUGACCUUGAAGCAAGUGAAUACUGCACACUGGGCGUUGUGGGAGAAGCCCGAAGAGGUCAAUAGCAUUCUUGCGACCUGGCUGAAAGACGUUGUUUUUGCGGAAGGCCGACUUGGAAAGCUUUGA